GCCUCAGGUGUCCACAACAAUUUCGUUUCUGUUCUGGGGCACCAAGAGGCACCCUGAGAACUCAGAGGACCCAGAGGCUCCCCCCAAGCAAAUUUUCUGCUGACCCUGGACACCCCUUGAAAGAGGGGACAAGAGGCUGCCUCCAGCAAGGACUCCCAGCAAACAAGUUCAGCUUGGGCUCUGCCUACCACUAAGCCUUUAUGGGGGUGGGGGGAGGCAGAGUUCCUGAACAGGGCAGAGACAAUCCGUUGUUCCCCUUUCUGGUGUCAGAGGCAAAGAAGCCUGAAGGGCUGGCGGUGGUGCUGGCUCUGGGUUUAUUGACUCUGUGAUCCUGUCCAGCUGUCCUACAGGGAGUUCCAGAGCUCUCCCAAAGUGCAUGGGGAACUGCACAAGCAGGACUGGGGCACAAUACCAGAAGUUAUUUGUCUCCUAGAACCUGGCACCCGCUCCACUUACCUUACAGGAGACCCACAUCACUCAGUUCCCAGGACACCUGGUGGGAGAGUCUGGUGAGAGUUGGAGGCAAGCUUCCUCUACUUACAACUUGUUUGAAAAUGGACAUAAAGAGGAGAACAGACACUCCAUCGCCCAUACAGGGCCUCCUUUGUGUCAGGAAACCUAUCCUCUCCCAGGGCACCCUUGACACUCCCCUGGGUGGACCUACACAUUGUUCAGGACCUGUUCCCUGUCCCCAAAUAAAUAUAAAUGAGUUUGUUUCUUUAAAAGAAAUAUUACAUCUUUAAACUUUUCCCAGCCAGAAUCCACUUAAUUUCAUCAAGGUCUCUUGCCAGCAGCCAUAACCCAGGCCAAAGAGGCUUGUCCCUAGGGAGGCACCAAGGGGAGAAUACCCCAGGCCCAUUUCACUCCACUGAGGUUUUUGAACCCUUAGGUGUCUAAGGUAAUACUACCACCAUCCCCACCUGUUUUCACUUCUUUCUUUGUGUCUUAAGAUCGCAUUUUAGGAGGGUUUAUAUAAUGUUGUUCAUGUCAGCAGCCCCACCCUCACCCCACCGCCCUAUAUGGAAUUAUAGUUGGAAAGCACACACACAUAGAAAAUCUUUGAAGUUUUUUUUUCUGCUAUUCUUCCUGACUAGAAGAGUUGACAAGACAUAGACACAUUAAGUUGCAUAAAAUACAGUAGCGUGAUCAGCCUAAAUGCAUCUCAUUUGCACUGUUUGUAGCCAGGGGUGGGGGCUUGUGUCACUCAUUGCCUCCCCCUCCUCCGCCCAAGCCAGACCAGCCGGCUGGAAUUUCAGAGCAGGCCCCAAGGCAGCAGCCAUUAGGGAGGUGGAAGCCCUAGCCCACCCCAGGUCAGCGGGGGUAGGGGGUGGAUAGGGAAGUUGUCUGGAGGUCUGGCCUGAGGGCUUGAACCAGCUUUGGCAGACCUGGGCUCUGAGAGGCUUGGCCGGUGGGUGCCCGCGGCUGGAAGUUGCAGGUCUGCAGCCAUGCUUCUGAGCUUCUCCUGGGCUGAGUUCAAGAAAGGGGACACCAAGAAGUAGGGGAACAGUCACUGACUAUAUUUUACAUCCACGCCUACCCCUUUCCCAGAGUUGUGUUCUCACCACCCACUUUGUCGGCGGACGAGAAACACUCCUGCCUUAUGGGUUCCUGCACCUGCUCCUAGACCUGAACUCGGGCCCUGAGCUCCUCACUGCCGCCUGCUCUGUACUGAGCCCCACUCCUGAGACCGCGAGGUGCCAGAACAGCGCCUCUCCCACCAACUUCUAGACGCCUGUAGGACCUGCGCAGGAGCCUUCAGAAUCCCGUGGGGGUGUGGGGGUGAAGUUGGAGGUCAUCCGGGUGAUUUUUUCUUACUUUUUCCCAAUUGUUCUCCUGCAUUGAUUUCAACUCUUCCAGUCUCCCGGUGCUGGGGCGCCAAUCCUUUCCCACCAAUUCCUACCCAUCAGCUGGAGGUCCUGGCCCAGGGUCGCCCCAGGAUUCUAUGGCGGCAAGGGGCGCCGAGUAGAGGGACGGGAGGAGCUGGGUCCUCGGGAACCAAAGGGGACCUCAGCAGGCGCGGAGUGCGCAGCCUUGGCUGCUGGGAAAUGCCCAACUAGCCGCUGUGAGUGCUCACAGCUUGUCGUGGGGGCGUCCGUUCUGCAGCUCAGGUGACUCAGACGCCCCGCCAGCCCCACCAGCUCCCGGCUUCUCGAACGCUCUUCUGCUCGCCCAGCGGGGAAACUUCAGGGCCUGCCUCGUCAGGCCAGAUUGCAGCCCGCGACCUUCCCGGAUUAACCAAGGGCGAGGCAUGUUGCCCAGCAAGGCUGCCGCGUAACUGAGCCUCCCGGGGAACAGCCAUGACCAAAGACCCGCGGGCCCAGGCGCGGGCACCUACCCCUACCAGCGCAGGCCUGUGGGAGCGCAGGGGCCGAGGCCGAGACUCUGGACAUCCAGCCCCACACCUCUGACGACCCGGGCACAUCUGCGGAGCCCGGGAGAACAAUCAGCGGGCUCUGCGUCCCGGGAGCUGGGGACACGCCUGCAAGGGCUUUCCGCCUGCACACAGUCAUUUGGAGAAAAUCAAGUGAGUGCACCUCUCCCCACAGAGGAUUCUGUAUGUUAUGUAACACACUCACACUGGGAUUCCUCAAGUUACCAUUUUGCCCCAAAUCAGCCAGCACUUGGUUUUCUGGCGGGGGUGUCAGGAUGAUGCAAAUGGAGAUGGAAGCUUCAUUCCCUGGGGGCUUUUAUUCCCCUCCUUGAAGCCCCAGUUCAAGGCCCAGGAACAAAGGGGAAAGGUAACUGAUCUCUCUUUUGGUCUUUCUCUCCCCUCACUUCCACCCCCUCACCUGCAGUCCCUCCUCUUUGAUAAAUAGAGGAAAGCCUUUGGGAUCAGGUACAUAUGUAAAUACUGCUGACCUUGGCCGCCCCUCCUCACUGAGAAGCAGAAAGCCCGUUUCAGGUGCAGGCUGCUCCGUGCCUUUGAGUGUCCACCACUUCUACUCCCCCAGGCUGUGUGGGACUCAAGGCUGCUCACUUAGCCUCCCUCUCUCGUUAAAAACAUUCAGGACAACUAUUAAAUAGUUCUUGGAAGAGUUAAAGACCUUCUUUCAGUAGGGAAACGUUUUUAAAGCCCUGCUUGGCAGAAAUCUUUAAGGCGUACAAAGUCGAAUCAGUAGGCUUGCCUGAGCGAUUUUGAAAUUUGAAAGAUUUCUCCCCAUGAAAUGGUAAUUUAAAAUAGUUCGUAGAUGUUGUUUUGUUCUACGAUGGUUUUUUCACUAUUGUCACCUAAAGAUUCUCAAGACUAAGCUACUAAGACAUUUCUUUUCAUUUGGUCAGUUUCUGGGUGAUACUAUCCUUUCUGAUUAGACCUAUUUAAUUUAUUUUUUUAACUCUGCAGGAGAGUAUUCAACCUUGGAAAUGUAAGUGAAACAGACUCACCCUCCUUCUGAGACCUUGAUAGGGGCAGAAAGGAACAAAUCUGGCUAGCCCCACUCACACCUCAAAGUUUCCCUGUCUAAACCUGGAUACAGUGAGGGUGGUGGGUUUUGACACCGUUUAUUUUCUUGCUGGCUCAAGGAAAAUUCUUUGAAAAGAACACCUAUUCUAUUUCAGUGUGCAAUGUUCCAGCCGACUAAAUGGGCUUGCCUUAUGCGGAGAGGCAGUCCUGGAGGACAGAGCUAAUGGGUGGUCUCCCAGGAAGCUCAUCAGAACACCUCUUGUUCCUUUUCUUUAAAAGAAAAAACAAUUUAAAAAAGUUUUUGCUUCCCUCUCAAUGUUCAUUCCAUUAUUUUGUAGCUACAAUAAUGAAACAUGGGCAGCAGCGAUCAUUCUUUUUGUACUAUGUAAUCAUGUCUAGUGCUGGGACCUUACAAAGCCCCAGACAUACCUCAGGUGUAUUCUGCACUUUUCAUAUUUAUUCACUGCUCAUUGGGUCACACAGAUAAUUCACACUUGAUUCCACCUUCCUCUGGACAACUCUCCUUCAAACAACGCCCCUCUAUCAACUUAUAGGGAAAGGGGAUUCCCUUAGAGAAAACUUCUUGAAUUAAAAACCAGACUCAGUUUCACCAGGUAACUGAUCCUGGCCAUACCCGUGACUAGAAAGUCAUCACCUAACACUCUACCUAGAUAUAAACUCUCAGGAAGGAGGCAGGCUGGUGGGCACAUUUCCACAGACAUUUCUAAAACUGUGACAACUGAAUACAUUUUACAGAUACAGUUUUCGUAUAUUCCCAUCCAGCUUAAGGCAUUUAAAAUGCAAUUUUGUUCACAUGCACGUGCGUGCACACAUACACCACACGCACUUGUCAACUAGGGGGAUAUUACCAACCCAUUUCCACUGGGCAAUUCUGGUAACAGCAACUACAACUAAGAAACUUCUUUUCUGAGGAGUAAAAAAGAAAACAAACACCUCUCUAUUUUAAAAGGUUAUUUUAUAUUGUUUAGCAUUCUUUCAAAGCAGGAAUUGGCUGGACACUUCUGCUCCCUUUUCAAAGAACAGGUAAACUACUCUCCUACCCACCCCCCUCCCCAAGACCCAAGCCAUUUUUAAAAGCUAAAAUUUCUGUUUCCAAAGGAAGAAAAAGGAACAAAUUCCAUUGAUGAAUUACAUACAUGGAAUGUGGCUUGUCUAGGACAUUUGUAUUUGUAAAUAAAUGGCUCCCUGUUUAUUAUGUAUGUUUUACUGGAAGAAAAAAAAAAAAGGAACUCUAACGCCUCUGAGCAUGUUACAAUACAUCAAAUAUCUCCACUUACGGUUUGUUUAAGUUCCACUGUUUCUUGGUACACACUAGAAAGAAAUCGGGUUAAAUGGAGUCAGUUAUGGGGUUUAAAAGUCCAGGCUGACUUGGGGACGCGGCACCUCUAAAGUUCUCCUGUUUGUCAAAGUGAGGGGGGAAGGGGAAGUAGCUCCCCAGGAAUCUUAUGGGGAUUAAUCUGGGGUUUCGUCUUUGUCCCGGGAUCUUUCUAGGGCUGACCACUGCCUCCGUUUGCAGCUUCAGAAGCGAAGCUGGCGUGCGAUCUCCUUGGCGGGAGGACUGGGCACAGUCCCUGCCUUGCCCAGCUGCCGGAGCCCGCACAUCGCGGUCUCAGGAUUUCCCCGUAGGCCUAGGCCUGCAGUCCUCGGGCGGAGACGGGGCCUGGGGGAGGGACCGUCACCGGGCCAGGCACAGGCAGUCUACCCCGGUGCCUGUAGGGUGCUCGAGUUUCCCACACGCGGGAAGCGGAGGCGUGGGCCAAGCGCCGGGGGCUACCCAAGAACACCACUGCCCAGUGAGACGCGCAGGGCCUGGCGGCGCGAAACUUCCACAAAGCCGCCGGCCGCCUCCGGCCUUGCCUCCGCUACGCAAUCCCAGCUGCCUAGACCUCGGUGUCUUCCCAAACAAUGAGCCCAGCCAGUGCACUAGACUGUUCCGCUCUGACUUCUUCUGCCCGCACAUGGGGACCCCAGCGAAAGGUUACGGGUUGGAACCAGUCUGCGCAUCUCCUUCCACGCGGCGCAUCCUUCGGGAAGACAAACAGAGUACGUCCCCACAUCCAUUUCAGGCCCUGGUCUGUGGGCUGGGCCACAGUCCUGGAAGACCCAAGGGGUCACGGGUCCAGAUCCGUCUUUACUUGGUCCUCCGCUCCAGGACUCCAGGGCCCUGGGCAGCAGAGAGGUGGAUUUCAGAGAGAGUCCGGGUCAGCCAGGCCUUGAACUCAGCCCCUCUGAACUCCACCGUCAGCAGCGGGGGCGGCAACUCAACUCUCCCGGGAGGAGGAUGCACCCCCAGAACGGAAAAUCCGCAAACGUCGGGCAGAGAACCACAAGCAUUUCUACCUUUCUUUCCACAAGCCCCCCAGAAAGUUAUCGCCAGAACCUCUGGGACCUGAGCCGACUCCAGCCUCCAGCAACUCCCUCAACCUUCCAAGGAAACUUUCAGAAGUUUCCCUUUCCCUGGCUCCUCAAUUCCUUGGACUUUCUCCAGCCCCCAGGUUUGCUUAUUACUCUGCUGGCUGCCCUUUAGUCUCUAGGGUUCCCCAGGCCCGAGUGUUUCCAGAAUAAUAAUAAUAAUAAUUGUUAUUACGAGGCUGGGGAAGAACAGGAUCAGAGGGUAGGAGGGACUGAGGGAGAGAGUGGAAACGUUUAUGAAAAGGUUUAUUUAAACCUGUGUUUCAAAAGGGUUCAGUUGACAAUUAUCAGUAACCCCGAUAGACAACUCCAUUAAAAAAAAAAAAAAAAAGAAUU